UUUGUUCUCGUCCCGCAAUGUCUUCCAAAAUAUUCACCAGACGUCUUUAUAUCUUAGCAAUGUGCUAUGUACCCCCUCUGUACCUAGUUCGGAUUCCUUUUUGGAGAUGUCAUCAGGUGUUAGUGUUAAACUUAAUUCACUUACCUUGUUCUUUUUGGUCCGCUGAGUCGUAAACUGAAUGGGAUGGCCUGGGGCUUGGAUUUGUUCCGCUCGCUCUUCGGGUGGCUUUUUUUUUUUUGCACAACAUGGGCAAAACGCCACCCCCGCUGUCAUCAUGUCGGUUUCCGUUGCUUUACUUCUCGUGUGAAAUGUUCGUUUUCUGUGGUUUCGACUUUCCCGUUCGCUGGUCGCUGCUCGCCGCUCGUUUGGUCAAUCGGUCGAUCGGUCACCGAGAGAGUUCCCCAUAUGUGUCGAGAGUGGAUAGACGAUCGAGUUUCGCGCUGCUGUGUAUCGCCCCGUGUUCCUCCUCCUCUUCUGUUCCCCUUCCCAGUCAACGUUUCGAGCCCUCAGCUGUUUAGUUUGCGCACCUUGUUGUAUGUCGUCCAUAUCUCUCCUUCCGUUUCGCUUUUCCGUCGCUGUCUCGCUCGUCAGAUCGUCCUCGGUGGUCAUUUGCGUUCGUGAAGCUUGAAAGGUUUUAUUCGAGAUCGUUUCCGUCGUUUCGCCCGGUCCAGUUGCUGGUCCCCAUCCCUUCUUUUUCCUCGCGUCUGCCUGAAAGUGUCGUCCCUGCUUCUCCCUUCAUCCCCCCUCCCUCCCAUCUUGAUUUGCUUUUCCUCCU